AUGUCUACCAUAGCUAAUGACAUGAAUCCUGAUUUGCAAACCAUGAAAAGGACUUUCCUUCUGAUCCAGGAGGGCAGUCCUGGCCCUGAGCUGGAAGUCUGUUAUCAGGUCACGGCGAUCUCAGAGGAAUAUCGCCAGCGUUUCCGGCAAUUCAGCUACCAUGACUCUGAUGGGCCCCGAGAGGUUUGCAGCCAGCUCCAUGGGCUUUGCAGCCAGUGGCUGGAGCCGGAGAGACACACCAAGAAGCAGAUUGUGGACCUGGUGAUCCUGGAGCAGUUCCUGACUCUCCUGCCCCAGGAAAUGCAGGGCUGGGUCAGAGAAUGUGGGCCGGAGACCAGUUUCCAGGCGGUGGCCCUGGCCGAAGGUUUCCUCCUGAGCCAGGCAGAGGAGAAGAGGCAGCCAGGACAGAUGUGGGGACCAUUUGUGAAGAUGGAAGCGGAGGUCUCUGAGGAGGAAGGGUCUCCUUUGGAGGAAGACCAGAAGGCGCAGGCCCUGGAGCGUGCCCAAGAGGCCCUCUCACACGGCAGUGAAGAGAUGAUGUUGAGCCAUCUUUGUGGAGGAGCGGAAACGGCUGCUGCCCCUGCAGUCCAGGGUCCUUUUUCCUUCGAGGAGGUGGCUGUGUUUUUCACCGAGGCUGAGUGGGCCCUGCUGGAUCCAGACCAAAGAGAUCUCUACAGGGAAGUCAUGCAGGAGAACUAUGGGAAUGUGGCCUCUGUGGCAGGAGAUGUUAAAGAGCCAGUUAGGGAAUUUCAUGGGUUCCCACUGGAAAAAGCCAAGACGGAACAAGCUGAAGGAAACUUCGAGAACAGAGGCGAACCACAGAGGCAGGAAGGAAAUCGUACAGCAAAAUGGGGAGUUAAGAUCAUUCCUUGCCAAGGAAGCAGCUUCCGUGAAAUCCCAGUCUCCAGCCGUCACCAACAGACUCCUUCAGGAGUGAAGCCAUUCAUGUCCUCCACGAACGGAAUGGCAUUCUCCGGUCGAAGCAAGGGAAAUGCAUGUUUUCCAAACCACAGUAUAAUGAAGGCAUGUAGAUGUCAUUAUUGUGGAAAGCACUUCAGAUACAGAACACAGCUUUUGGUACACCAAAGAAUACACACUGCACAGAAGCGUGUUGAAUUCUCAGAGUGUGGAAGGAAACCCAGUAUGAAUUCCAGUUUACAAAAGCAACAAAGAAACCAUGCAAGGAAGAAGACUUUUCAAUGCUCAGAGUGUGGAAAGACAUUCAGUGUGAGUUCCAGUCUUCAAAAGCAUCUAAGAACCCACACGGGGGAAAAACCUUUUGAAUGCACAGAGUGUGGAAAGAGAUUCAAUAGGAGUGGCUAUCUUCAAAAGCAUAAGAAAACACACACAGUGGAAAAACCUUUUGAAUGCUCAGAGUGUGGAAAGAGAUUCAAUAGGAGUGGCUAUCUUCUAAAGCAUAAGAAAACCCACAUAGUGGAAAAACCUUUUGAAUGCUCAGAGUGUGGAAAGAGAUUCAGUCAGAGUGGUAGUCUUCAACAGCAUCAGAGAACUCACACAGGGGAGAAACCUUUUGAAUGCUCAGAGUGCGGAAAGAGAUAUAGUGUGAAUUCCAGUCUUCAGUAUCAUCAAAGAACCCACACAAAGGAGAAACCUUUUGAAUGCUCAGAGUGUGGAAAGAAAUUUAGUGCGAAUUCCAGUCUUCAGUAUCAUCAAAGAACCCACACAGGGGAGAAACCUUUUGAAUGCUCAGAGUGUGGAAAGAAAUUUAGUGCGAAUUCCAGUCUUCAGUAUCAUCAAAGAACCCACACAGGGGAGAAACCUUUUGAAUGUGCAGAGUGUGGAAAGAGAUUCAGUCGGAGUUUCAGCCUUCAAAAGCAUCUAAGAACCCACACAGGAGAGAAACCAUUUGAAUGUUCACAGUGUGGAAAGAGAUUCAGUCAGAGUGGGAAUCUUCAACAGCAUCAGAGAACCCACACAGGAGAGAAACCAUUUGAAUGUUCAGAGUGUGGGAAAAGAUUUAGUGAAAGUCUUUAUCUUCAACGGCAUCAGAGAACCCACACAGGAGAGAAACCAUUUGAAUGCUCAGAGUGUGGAAAGAGAUUCAGUGCAAAUGGUGGUCUUCAAAAGCAUAAGAGAACCCACAGAGGGGAGAAACCUUUUGAAUGCACAGAGUGUGGAAAGAGAUUCAGUCAGAGUGACCAUCUUCAAGUGCAUCAGAGAACCCACACAGGAGAGAAACCUUUUGAAUGCUCAGAGUGUAGAAAGAGAUUCAGUGUGAGUUCCAAUCUUCAAAAGCAUCAGAGAAUCCACACUAGGGAGAAACUUUUUAAAGCUUAGAGUGUGAAAAGAGAUUCUUUCCGAGUUCCAGCCCUCAGCUGCACUGAAAAUGAAGCGGAGGGAUGGUGGCUCAGUGGUGGAGCAUCUGCUUGGUAAGCAGAAGGUCCCAGGUUCAAUCCCCAGUAUCUCCAACUAGAAAAGGUUCCAGGCAAAUAAGCCGUGAAAAACUUCAACUUGAGACCCUGGAGAGCCACUGCCAGUCUGAGUAGACAAUACUGACUUUGAUGGACCGAGGGUCUGAUUCAGUAUAAGCGUCAAGCAUUGUUCAUUGUCUCCUGAUUGUUUAUUCUUUUUUAAUAUAGUUACCAGAAUAUAGCAAUGUUACUAACCCUGAAUCAAGCUGGGCACAUCAAAGUAGUAGAAUUCCCCUCCCUUCUCUCGCUUUCAUUAACAAAUGCAGGAAUGUGUUCUUUGAAGUAGGAACCUCCGGGGACAGCUUACCAGACCACCAACGUCGGCACCCAGACGUUUUAGUUGCAGGAGAGAUAAGGAAGACACUGUGUGAACUUUCACAUGCAAAUGUAGAAUUGUUUUGAGAAUGCAGGAUUGUUUAUAGAACCUUUGAUAUGUCAUCUUUAAGUAUGCAUUUUACCGUUACUAUGUAUCAGUUUCAGUACUUAGCUCGACUGAGCCACAUGGAUUAUCAAUAAACCAAACUUUGUUUCA